CGGCGCGGGGGCGGCGGGCGCGCAGCGGGCGGCGAACAUGGCCGGCGUUGCCGACGCCGCCGCCGCUCCGAUCAGCGGCGGGGACGGGCGGCAGGACGGCGGCCGCGAUGGGCGGCAGGACAGCGGCCGCGGGGAGCCGAAAACUCUCUGGGGGAGCAGCGAGCCGCGGCCGCCCGCCGCCGGCCCGGGGCAGCCGUCCCCGCAGCAGCGAACGGAGACGUUGGGCUUCUACGAGAGCGACCGGGGCAGGAAGAAGAAGCGGAGCCUCUCGGAUCUUUCCUUGCUGAGAUUCAUCAGUGCUGAGCUAACGAGAGGUUAUUUCCUUGAACACAAUGAAGCAAAAUACACAGAACGGCGAGAGAGAGUGUACACGUGCAUGCGGAUACCUAAAGAACUGGAAAAGUUGAUGUUUUUUGGAAUCUUUUUGUGCCUGGAUGCUUUUCUGUAUGUGUUCACCCUGCUUCCUUUGAGAGUUUUUCUCGCAAUGUUCCGGUUCAUCACUUUGCCUUGCUAUGGCUUACGCUCUCAUCGGGGCCUAACAGCAAGUGACAGACGUUUGCUACAACCUGCUCAGGUCUGUGACAUGCUCAAAGGAGUAAUAUUGGUCAUCUGCUACUUCAUGAUGCACUAUGUUGACUACUCUAUGAUGUAUCAUCUGAUAAGGGGACAGUCUGUCAUAAAGCUCUACAUCAUCUAUAACAUGCUUGAGGUGGCUGAUCGUCUGAUUUCUUCAUUUGGACAAGAUAUUUUGGAUGCUCUUUAUUGGACAGCUACUGAACCUAAAGAAAGAAAAAGAGCUCACAUAGGUGUGAUUCCUCACUUCAUCAUGGCAGUGCUGUAUGUCUUCCUGCAUGCUAUUCUUAUAAUGGUUCAAGCAACAACCCUUAAUGUGGCCUUCAACUCCCACAAUAAAUCACUGCUUACCAUCAUGAUGUCCAAUAAUUUUGUUGAAAUAAAAGGAAGUGUUUUCAAGAAGUUUGAGAAGAACAAUCUCUUUCAAAUGUCAAAUAGUGAUAUAAAGGAGAGGUUCACCAAUUAUGUGCUGCUACUAAUUGUAUGUCUAAGAAAUAUGGAACAGUUCUCAUGGAAUCCAGAUCACUUUUGGGUGUUAUUCCCGGAUGUUUGCAUGGUGGUUGCUUCAGAAAUUGCAGUGGAUAUUGUGAAACAUGCCUUUAUAACAAAAUUCAAUGACAUCACGGCAGAUGUCUACAGUGAAUACAGAGCCAGUCUUGCAUUUGACCUUGUUAGCAGUCGACAGAAAAAUGCAUAUACAGAUUAUAGUGAUUCGGUUUCCAGAAGAAUGGGUUUCAUUCCUCUUCCACUGGCUGUUUUACUCAUCAGAGUCGUAACAAGCUCAAUAAAAGUACAAGGAGUCUUAGCUUAUGUUUGUGUUGUGCUGUUCUACUGUGGGUUAAUAUCUCUCAAAGUCCUUAACAGCAUUGUAUUGCUGGGGAAAUCAUGUCAAUAUGUAAAGGAAGCAAAAAUGGAGGAGAAAUUAUUCAAUCCUGUCCCAACUGCCACCCCAGGGAAGCCAGCUGGCAAACAGCAGGGCACAUUUAAAUCUACCCAAGGAAUUUCCACAGAUGAAAACGGUUCUACAUCAGUUACCAAUCAACCAGUGCAUCAGAAGGAGAAUAUGCCAUCUUUACUUAUAACAAGCAAUUCUGAUCAAUUUCUGACAACUCCUGAUGGAGAAGAAAAAGAUAUAAGUCAAGACAGUUCAGAAUUAAAACACAGGUCUGCAAAGAAAGACUUGUUGGAGAUAGACAGGUUUACUAUUUGUGGAAACAGAAUUGACUAAGAAUUUAUUUUUUUUAAAUCAAUGUGCUAAGGAUACUGAGCUGUUGGGACAGCAGAUGCUACCAGAAUGGACAGUUGCCAAAAGGCACAUAAAUAUUUAUUUAAAAACUUAAAUUAUUAAUGGCAAAAAAAAUAUUAAUUUCUUUCUACAAGUAACUUGGCUUGGUAUCUGGUCAGGUGAAGUAAGUGAUCUUUAACUUGCCUCUUGGAAAAUGUGGUGGAUCGUGAGUCUCUAGCCUGGUGGCAGAGCUGCAGUUAUCACUUUUCUGGAAAACAGACUGGAAAAAAGCAUAACCCUGUUCUGCAUUAUGAAACCAUGCUUCCAGAACACUAUUUUUCGUGAAGGUUCCUCCAGUGUAAGGAUAUUCCUGGAAAUGUAUGGCGACUUGACCGGAAGCUUGCCUAUCCAGUUACCGUGUUUUAUUAAACGUCUGCAAGCAGAAUCCAAAACUUGUGCUUAUAUCAACAAACACAUAAAGCAUUGGUACAUUAAACAGUAAGUCCAGAUAGUUAUUCUUGUCAACAAAAAUCUUUUCAAGAUGUAUCUUGAAAAUCUUGUAAUCAGAAUAAAAUUUUGCCUUUAAGCGAAA